AUGGCCGAUCCAGCAAGAGCAAGGUGUACUAAAAGCAGCGUUAGGAAAAGGAUGAGCUUCGGCGAGGGCUGCACUCGUGUCAUAGACUAUGGACUAACAAGAAUAACAAUGGUUUGGUUGUGUGGAAAUAGAAAAGCCGUUAAGCGAUUCUACGAAAACCAGAAGAACCUUGUCGAAGCACUGAAGGAAGACGAGAAAAUCCUCAACGCAGCUGUGGAUCCAAUUAUAAUACAGAAGGAGACAAAAAAUAAGAUUUGGGACACUCGACUCAGCUCUUUCGCUGUUUUGGUUAACGUUGCUCUUAUGAUUGCUAAGACGACCGCCGUGUUACUAUCGGACUCGCUUUCUGUUGUCGCAUCUCUCGUGGAUAGCGCAAUGGAUAUCACUUCUGGAGUGGUGCUUUGGUACACAUGUCAUUUAAUAGUAAAAUCCAGUGCGCAUCAUUAUCCCGUUGGUUUGAACAGGCUUGAGCCGCUUGCAACAUUGAUUAUUGGUAUGAUCAUGGUAUUUUCCAAUGUGUUCGUUCUCCAACAAGCUGCUGUAGACUGCAUCAGUGGUAAUGUCCAUCCCAGAGUUGAUAUACCAACGCUAGUUAUUCUGUGCUCUGGAACAGCUGUAAAAGCAGUGCUGUUUAUCAUCUGUCGCUCGAGAAAAACAACAGCUAGUCGUGUGCUGACCAUUGAUCAGCGUAACGAUUGCAUCACAAAUCUUGUAGCCCUAGCGGGCGCUUACUUGGGAGAUGGCUGGUGGCCAUAUGCAGACCCAAUCGGAGCAUCAGUUGUAAGUGGAGUCAUAAUAAUUACAUGGAUCAUGACAGUCAAAGAGCAGGUGCCGCUACUGAUUGGAAGAACAGCCAGUCCGCAGCUAAUUAAUCGCAUAAUCAACGUUGCAAUAAGUCAUGACGAUCAAAUUAAGCAUUUGGAAACGGUGCACGUUUACCACUUCGGAGCUAACUUCUUGGUGGAGCUGCAUGUGGUUAUGGACGGCAAUACCACCCUUUUUAAAGCACAUGAUGUGGCUGAGUCACUGGAAAACAAGUUGGAACAGCUUUCUUUUGUGGAAAGAGCAUUCAACGCUUUGUGUAACUGGAGAUCCAUCACUCGCUGUCUCUCCUUGCUUAGUCGCACGAAUGAAGCUGACACUAACCUGAGUCUUGGGAGAGGUUGUCAGGCGAUGUACGCAAAUCCAACGGGUUUGGGACCUGAGAUAGCGUACUUCAACAUGUUACUGGUCAAAAAGAAGAUCUCUCUAUCAAACCUCUGGAUGCACAUUCACUUUUGCAACCAGAAGCGAUUGAAGCCUGGUUCUACCUCUACAGAACGACUUGUGACAAAACUUAUCAAGAAUGACGUUGGAAUGCCUUUGAAGCGAAUUAAGAAUAUGCGCGGGUGCGAAAUGGUUACCAGUGAAGAGUGUCAAGAAAAUCCCUGUUACAUACAGAGAUCUGAUGGAACUAUAACCUUUUCCACCUUCAAAAGCUGCAAAUGCUGGAUCCAAGCAAAGAAAAUGCCGGCGAAAGCAAUGGAGCAAGUCUCAAGAAUGGAGUCUGUCCGGAGUGUAGCAAGCACCUAGGAAAGAAUUUAUCUGCGCACCUGUUUGAUGUACAUAGUUACACUAAAGAGGAGAUAGCCAAUCUACAAGCCGCAAAGCGACGAAAAAUACUUGGAGAACAGAAUUAUUUCUGUGAUAGUUGCGAAACUACAUUCGCCACGAAAAAAAACCUACUAGAGCAUAAUAAAAUGGAACACGCAUCCCGAAGAAAAAUCUCAUGUCCCUUAUGUGGAACUUCAAUAGAUGUAAGUUUUCCACUCGUGCUCAUUUUUCGUUAAGAGAAGUCAUUUUAUUAUGACGAACGGACGCGGAAGACUUCGUAGGAUUUUUUAUUUUUGGAUUUGUUAUUUUCUUUCAUCUAGUAAUCAAUGUUACUUGUUUUCAUCUGAUUAUCAAAGUUGCUUUCUUUCAUAUGAUUAUCAGCUUACAUCCUAAUCAGAAGAUUCCGGUGCUAUAUCUGCCUUUCAGUUAGAUCUGUUGUACAUUAGCUACGAAUCAUCUUCACUGUUGUCUUUUUUUUUUGAUUUGCUCACUUCAAUAGCGAGGACUUCUGUCAUUCUCGCAUCUCCGUUCACAACAUCAUCUUCACGCAUCGCAUUCAAACAGAUAUUUGUGUUUAUAUCUUUACCAAUGUGUCAUUUCUAAUCUACCUCUUUUCUCUUUUUUGCCACACUCAUUGUAGGUCCUAUUGCUAUCUGACUGAAUAACGCAAUAAUCUUAAGUCGCAGCCCGCUCUGCAAUGUAUUGAGUGACUCAGGUCUCGAU